AUGGCGACUAAUGUUCAGAGAUCGUCUUCCGCUUCACCGGCGCCGGAGAAACAUAAGGAAGCGAUUCAGUUCAUUGAGAAGAUGACGAGAAACACAGACAAAGUUCAGGCGAACGUUUUGGCUGAGAUACUCAGCCGGAACGCCGACACAGAAUAUCUCCGGCUUUACAAUCUCGACGGAGCCACCGACCGUGAAACUUUCAAGUCGAAGAUUCCGAUAGUCACUUACGACGACCUGCAACCUAUCAUUCAACGCAUCGCCGAUGGUGAUCGCUCUCCCAUUUUAUCAGCUCAUCCGAUUUCUGAAUUUCUCACCAGUUCUGGUACUUCCGCCGGUGAAAGAAAGCUCAUGCCGACGAUUCACGAAGAUUUGGAUCGACGUCAACUGCUUUACAGCCUUCUCAUGCCUGUAAUGAACUUGUACAUACCAGGUUUAGACAAGGGAAAAGCUUUAUACUUUCUAUUCGUCAAAUCUGAAACAAAGACUCCGGGUGGGUUACUCGCCCGACCCGUUCUCACAAGCUACUACAAAAGUGAUCAUUUCAAAACCCGACCCUUCGACCCUUACAAUGUCUACACCAGCCCAAACGAGGCGAUUCUUUGCCCCCAUUCCUUCCAAAGCAUGUAUGCUCAGAUGCUUUGCGGUCUGUAUGACCGCAAAGAAGUGCUCCGUAUCGGAGCAAUAUUUGCUUCGAGUUUACUCCGAGCCAUUCGGUUCCUUCAACUGAACUGGAAGGAACUUUGUCAUGAUAUUCGGACCGGAACUCUCAACGAGAAAGUAUCUGAUCCGGAUAUCAGACAAUGUAUGGCUCUGAGACCCGAUUCGGAUCUUGCAAAUGUUAUCGAAUCCGAAUGCUCAAAGGAGAAUUGGGAAAGAAUUAUCGUUCGAAUCUGGCCAAAUGUCAAAUACCUAGAAGUAAUUGUGACCGGUGCAAUGGCUCAAUACAUUCCAACCCUAGAUUAUUAUAGUGGCGGGUUACCGAAAGUUUGCACCAUGUAUGCUUCUUCCGAGUGUUACUUUGGGAUUAACCUUAACCCGUUGUGUAAACCAUCGGAAGUGUCCUACACAAUCAUGCCAAACAUGGCAUAUUUCGAGUUCAUACUCCAUAAUACACAUUCAGGGUCAACCAACAAUGUAGUUGACCUAGCAAAUGUGGAAAUAGGGGAAGGAUUAUGA